GGGAGCCAGAUUCCCGCGGCUGGGCGCAGGCUUCCGGGCAUCUAGAAGUGGACAAGCCUGAGCAUUUUACCCUCAUGUUGGGGAGCAGCACCUUCAAAAACAUGCAGCGCCGGCACACGACGCUGAGAGAGAAGGGCCGCCGCCAGGCCAUCCGAGGUCCUGCCUACAUGUUCAAUGAGAAGGGGACGAGCCUGACGCCUGAGGAGGAGCGCUUCCUGGACUCCGCAGAGUAUGGCAACAUCCCGGUGGUCAGGAAAAUGCUGGAGGAGUCCAAGACCCUCAACUUCAACUGUGUGGACUACAUGGGGCAGAACGCGCUGCAGCUGGCCGUGGGCAACGAACACCUGGAGGUCACCGAGCUGCUGCUCAAAAAGGAGAACCUGGCACGGGUCGGGGAUGCGCUGCUGCUGGCCAUCAGCAAGGGCUAUGUGCGCAUUGUGGAAGCCAUCCUUAACCACCCAGCCUUUGCACAGGGUCAGCGCCUGACACUCAGCCCGCUGGAGCAGGAGCUGCGGGAUGAUGACUUCUAUGCCUAUGACGAGGAUGGGACACGCUUCUCCCAUGACAUCACACCAAUCAUCCUCGCAGCACACUGCCAGGAAUACGAGAUCGUGCACAUCCUGCUGCUCAAGGGUGCGCGCAUCGAGCGGCCCCACGACUACUUCUGUAAAUGCAAUGAGUGCACUGAGAAGCAGCGCAAGGACUCCUUCAGCCACUCGCGCUCGCGCAUGAAUGCCUACAAGGGCUUGGCAAGUGCCGCCUACUUGUCCCUGUCUAGCGAAGACCCGGUCCUCACUGCGCUGGAGCUAAGCAACGAGUUAGCCAGACUAGCCAACAUUGAGACUGAAUUCAAGAACGAUUACAGGAAGUUAUCUAUGCAAUGCAAGGAUUUUGUGGUGGGUGUGCUGGACCUGUGCCGAGACACAGAAGAGGUGGAAGCAAUUUUAAAUGGUGAUGUGAACUUUCAAGUCUGGCCCGACCACCACCGUCCCAGUCUGAGCCGGAUCAAACUCGCCAUUAAAUAUGAAGUCAAGAAGUUCGUUGCUCAUCCUAACUGUCAGCAGCAAUUGCUUACCAUGUGGUAUGAAAAUCUCUCAGGCUUACGGCAACAGUCUAUCGCUGUGAAAUUCCUGGCUGUCUUUGGAGUCUCCAUAGGCCUCCCUUUUCUCGCCAUAGCCUAUUGGAUUGCUCCGUGCAGCAAGCUAGGACGAACCCUGAGGAGCCCUUUCAUGAAGUUUGUAGCCCAUGCAGUUUCUUUUACAAUCUUCUUGGGAUUGUUGGUUGUGAAUGCUUCAGACCGAUUUGAAGGCAUUAAAACGCUGCCAAAUGAAACCUUCACGGACUACCCGAAACAGAUCUUCCGUGUGAAAACCACACAGUUCUCCUGGACGGAAAUGCUCAUUAUGAAAUGGGUGCUGGGCAUGAUCUGGUCCGAGUGCAAGGAGAUCUGGGAGGAGGGGCCGCGCGAGUACGUACUGCACCUGUGGAACCUGCUGGACUUCGGCAUGCUGUCCAUCUUCGUGGCCUCCUUCACGGCGCGCUUCAUGGCCUUCCUCAAGGCCAGCGAGGCCCAGCUCUACGUGGACCAGCACGUGCCGGAAGACACGCUGCACAACGUCUCGCUUCCGCCCGAGGUCGCGUACUUCACCUACGCCAGGGACAAGUGGUGGCCUUCCGACCCCCAAAUCAUCUCGGAGGGGCUGUACGCCAUUGCCGUCGUGCUGAGCUUCUCACGCAUUGCCUACAUCCUGCCGGCCAAUGAGAGCUUCGGACCCCUGCAGAUCUCCCUGGGGAGGACCGUGAAGGACAUCUUCAAGUUCAUGGUCAUUUUCAUCAUGGUGUUUGUGGCCUUCAUGAUUGGCAUGUUCAACCUGUACUCCUACUACCGAGGUGCGAAGUAUAACCCAGCCUUUACGACGGUCGAAGAAAGUUUCAAAACCUUAUUUUGGUCCAUAUUUGGCUUGUCUGAAGUGAUCUCGGUGGUGCUGAAAUACGACCACAAAUUCAUCGAGAACAUUGGCUACGUUCUCUAUGGUGUUUACAACGUCACCAUGGUGGUAGUACUGCUCAACAUGCUGAUUGCCAUGAUCAACAACUCCUACCAGGAGAUCGAGGAGGAUGCAGACGUGGAGUGGAAGUUUGCACGCGCCAAGCUCUGGCUGUCUUACUUUGAUGAGGGACGAACGUUACCUGCUCCCUUCAACCUAGUGCCAAGUCCUAAAUCAUUUUACUAUCUCAUACUGAGAAUCAAGAUGUGCCUCAUAAAACUCUGCAAAUCUAAGGCCAAAAGCUGUGAAAAUGACCUUGAAAUGGGCAUGCUCAACUCCAAAUUCAGGAAGACUCGCUACCAGGCUGGCAUGAGGAAUGCUGAGAACUUGACAGCAAAUAACACUUUCAGCAAGCCCACCAGAUACCAGAAAAUCAUGAAACGCCUCAUAAAAAGAUAUGUCCUGAAAGCCCAGGUGGACAGAGAAAACGACGAGGUCAACGAAGGUGAGCUCAAGGAGAUCAAACAGGACAUCUCCAGCCUACGCUACGAACUGUUGGAAGAGAAGUCGCAAGCCACUGGAGAGCUGGCAGACCUCAUCCAGCAGCUGAGUGACAAAUUCGGCAAGAAUUUAAACAGAGACCACAUGCGGGUGAACAAGGGCAAGGACAUUUAGUGGCCCCCUCCUCCACCGCGGCCUCAGUGACUCCAACCAGCAUUCCAAGGCCCAGC